GGGUCGCAGGUAAACAGCACCACGGCUCUUGCUUGCAGCUUGGGAACACGGACCGCAUCUUGGAAGCUUGGUAGCUAGGGUAAGAAGAAGCUGGCCAACCACCUCCCAGCAUAAAUCGCAAUCUCCCCAGCAGCGUCACUGCAACAGCUGCUUGUUGCGAACCCCUCUCACUCCAACAACACCCGCCAUCACCACACUACCUCCAAUUGUAGCCUCAACUCCCACCGCCGCUGUCGCCAUGCUCUCCUCCACUGGGCUCGCGGCUGCCCGCCGGGUCCGCGUCAUCGGCAUGCGCUCAGUUUUCUCGAGCAUUGCCCGUAUCUCGACCCGCAGCGCAGCCUGCCCCAAGGUCCGCGCGAGCGUUCGCAUUGCCGCCGUUUUCAAUCGAGGAUUUGCCGCCGCUGCCUCCCGCUCAGCUACCAAGACAGCCACAGCCACAGCCACCAGGAAGACUACUACUACUACCAAGAAGCCGGCCGCUAAGACGACCACUGCUGCGAGGCAGAAGAAGAAGGCUUCAUCGACGAAGAAACCCACAGCCAAGAAGGCUGCCCCCAAGAAGAAGACUGUCCCCAAGAAGACAGGGCGCCUUAAGAAGACUGUCAAGGAAGUCCCAGAAAAUGUGAAGCUUUUCCGGAAGGUCAAGGAGCUGAAAGCCAAGGCUCUUCUCAACGAGCAGCCACGCGGACUCCCAGCAAGGUCGUGGUUGGUUUUCGUGCAGAAAAACGGUGGUGUACCAAAAGGUCAGACCGCUACGGAGUUCAUGUCGGCUAUGAAGAAGCAGUUUGCGGCUCUCUCGUCUGUGGAGAAGCAGGCUCUUCAGGACGAAGCUCGUGCGAACAAGGUGAGGAACGAUGCGGCCCUGAUCAACUGGAUCACGACGUAUCCAGUUGAGACCAUCGAGGCUGCAAACUUGGCUCGGAGCCAUCUCAAGAGGCUCGGCAAAACAGCCAAGCUCUCCCUUCCUGACCCCCGCAGACCCAAGGGUCUUCUAAGUCCCUACAUCAUCUUCACGACUCAGCGAAUGAAGUCUGGGGACCUUGACAACAUUCCCCCCACGGCUAGAGUGGCUGCCAUUGGCAGUGAGUGGAGGGCGUUGAGUGAGACUGAACGCCAGCCUUUCUACGAAGCCGCUGAGAAGGACAAGGAGCGUUACAAGGUUGAGAGGGCGUCUCUUUCUCCUUCCCCUUAAACGAACAGAGGAGAGAGUUUUGAGCCCUCCAUCACACCGGCGCCAUAGCCUAGCCAGCCAUAUUGGUGGCUUGAGCUUUGUGAAACAAAGUAAAAAUGUGCAAAAGAAGUGACAACCUUGUGGCUUCUAUCCCCCAAUGAACAUGCAAAUACAGUCAGUAUGUCUACGACGAUAGCUGGCGUUGGGUGUAGUUGGCGGCUGGGAAGGAGGCAGGAGGCCGGGAAUAUUAGAGACAGAUGGGUAGCUCAAUGCUGCUAGGGGUGGAGGCAAUAUUUGGUUCUUUCGCUUGGCUCGCCGUUCAGUUUUCCAUGGGUUUUUCCUUCCCAAAGUCGGGUAUGUUCGGUCUGCUUUGAUAGUGAUGAGCAGAUAGUGUAACUUGUAUCAGGAACUGUACAAUUUUCUUGUGUGCGGUCUCACCAAAAACAAACAAACGGAUAUCAAAAUUAGUGUGAUGUUGAUGGGGUUUCGUUAGCCCCUUGGUGUACAUAGGUCAGGUCAUAACCAUGUUUUAUGU